CGCAAGUCUCCAUCGCCAUCGCUGAUCGCUGCUAGACUUCGGCACGUCUCGUUUACUAUAUCCAAGACUUAAGAGAUCUGGAGGUCUUGAACCAACAAUCCCCGUAGCUGAAAGUAAACGCGCGCUGGCCUUUGAUUACUAAAGUAUUAACUACGGCUGACCGAACGACCAUUUAAGCGACCCUCUAUAAACGUGAUCCGAGCUAGAUACACAAUCUAGAGCGAGCCCAAUAAGAAUCUCAGUACAACCACUUGGAGCCCCUUUUUUUGGAUUAAUUACCUUUCGGAGUGCCCACAAUGUUGUCCGACAUCGAUCAGCUGCCCUCGAUCCAACUGGGCGACUUCACGCUCCAGUUCGAGCUGGGCGAGCCAACGGCCAUGGGCAAGGAGGUGGCCAUCAAGGAGCUGCGCGAAGCUCCCGAACGCCAGAAGGAGGCCGCCAAGGAGCUGGCACGUUUGCUGCAGGCGGAGACCGAUCUGCACUAUCCCAAGGACAACGAGGAGUGGCUAAUACGAUUCUUGCGUCCCUGCAAGUACUAUCCGGAGAGUGCCCGCGAUUUGAUCAAACGCUACUACUCCUUCAAGGUGAAGCACUCGGACGUGUACAACAACCUGAAGCCCUCGGGUGAGGCCAACAUCUUCAAGAGCAACAUACUGACGGUCUUUCCCAAUCGCGAUCAGUGCGGACGUCGCGUCCUGGUACUGGAGCUGGGCAAACGCUGGAAGCACAAGCAGGUCUCACUGGAUGAGGUGUUCAAGGGGGCGGUCAUCUUCCUGGAGGCGGCCAUGCUGGAGCCAGAGACUCAGAUCCACGGAGCCGUCGUCAUCUUCGACAUGGAUGGUCUGAGUCUGCAGCAGACCUGGCAGUUCACGCCGCCGUUCGCCAAGCGCAUAGUCGACUGGCUGCAGGAGUCGGUGCCAUUGCGCAUCAAGGCCAUCCACAUCGUGAACCAGCCGAAGAUCUUCAACGUGGUUUUCGCCCUCUUCAAGCCCUUCCUGCGCGAGAAGCUGCGCAGCCGCAUCAUCUUCCACGGCACGGAUCGCGACUCCCUGCACAAAUACAUGUCGCCCAAGUGCCUGCCCGCUGCCUACGGCGGCAUUCUCGAACUCAAGCGCGUGGACGGCGACCAGUGGUACGAGCUCCUCCUCAAGUGCGACACCGAGUUCGAUGCCAUUAACUCGUAUGGCUACAAAAAGAAGUAAACCGAUUGCUCGGUGUGGCUCCCGGGUCUGCAGCAAGUGAUAAUUUCCCCAAUAUGCCCCAAAAGUGCCCACUCCGCAGUCACACUCACAGUCACAGUCACAGUCAAAGUCACAGUCGCACUUGCGCAAGUUAGGCAUAUAAUAGUUAAGCACUCAGUCUGUUAUACGCUUGUCCGGUUCGUGACAGCGCCUAGAGUUUGCCGUAGUCUUAAUCGAUCCAAUUCCAAUCCAGCAAAAGUGUUAUACUUACUCGUACAUAUUAUACUUAAUCCGGGGUAAGCGUAUUUAUAUUGUGUUAUACUUAUUAUACAAAUCGUUGAAAUAUAAACACACGUAUCCAUAUA